AAACAAACAAAUCUAACGUCAAAGUUUCUCAUACUUUUAUUUUUAUAUAUUUGAUGAACUCAACAAAUCCUCGACAAUUAGCAUUGAAUGGAGGGAGAGGUCCUGCAGUUUUUAUACCUUUGAUGCAGUUCUUGGCGUCUCUCCGAAUUCUGAGGCCCCAUGGAUUUCUCCAGAAAUUAUGUUCCUUUCAACAGGGAUCUUCAGCUUCUGCCUCCCUCGCAUUUUUCUCCUCAACUCAUUUUGAUUCCAUCUCUUCGCCGCACCAUGAUUUUUCUUCUUCUUCUUCGUUGCAGUCCCCUCUGAAAAAGAUUUGUUCAUUAGUUCUCGACACUUAUUUACGUCAACCCCAUCUGAGAUUCUCUCCAUCUAAGCUGAAUCUUGAUAUGGAUGCUGCCUCUUUGACUCAUGAGCAAGCCAUUUCUGCCGUUGCUUUGCUUGCUAGCGAGGAGGGUUCAAUGGUCGCGCUGAGUUUCUUUUACUGGGCAGUUGGGUUCCCCAAAUUCCGGUAUUUCAUGCGGCUCUACAUAGUUUGUACGAUGUCAUUGGUUGGCAAAUGUAAUCUAGAGCGAGCUCAUGAAGUUGUGGAGUGUAUGGUAGGUGUUUUUGCAGAAAUUGGGAAGUUGAAGGAGGCGGUGGAUAUGAUCCUUGACAUGAGAAAUCAGGGACUUGUGUUGACCACCAGGGUAAUGAAUCGUAUUAUCCUGGUGGCUGCUGAAAUGAGGCUGGUUGAAUAUGCAGGCAAUGUGUUCGACGAAAUGUCUGCAAGAGGUGUGUAUCCUGAUUCUUGCACUUAUAAGUAUAUAAUUGUAGGUUACUGUAGAAAUGGUAAUGUUUUGGAAGCAGAUAGGUGGAUAUGUGAGAUGAUGGAGAGAGGUUUUGUGGUUGAUAAUGCCACACUGACUUUGAUUAUUACAGCAUUUUGUGAAAAAAGUUUAGUAAACAGGGCAGUUUGGUUUUUCCAUAAGGUUACUAAGAUGGGUUUAUCACCAAAUUUGAUAAACUAUUCAUCUAUGAUUAGUGGGUUGUGCAAGAGGGGUAGUGUUAAGCAAGCAUUUGAGUUAUUGGAAGAGAUGGUUAAAAAUGGAUGGAAACCCAAUGUGUAUACCCACACAUCAUUAAUUCAUGGCCUUUGCAAGAAGGGAUGGACAGAGAGAGCUUUUAGACUGUUUCUUAAACUUAUUAGAAGUGAUAAUUACAAGCCAAAUGUGCACACUUACACAGCCAUGAUAAGUGGGUACUGCAAAGAGGAGAAGUUGAGUAGAGCUGAAAUGUUGUUUGAAAGAAUGAAAGAACAGGGACUGGUUCCAAACACCAACACUUAUACAACACUUAUUGAUGGGCACUGUAAGGCUGGGAAUUUCAGUAAAGCGUAUGAAUUGAUGGAGUUGAUGUCUAAUGAAGGUUUCUUCCCUAAUACAUGUACCUACAAUUCAAUUGUUGAUGGUCUCUGCAAAAGAGGGAGAGCUGAAGAGGCUUUCAAGCUGCUAAAUACAGGAUUUCAAAAUCAAAUUGAAGCUGACGGUGUCACAUACACCAUUCUGAUAUCUGAGCAGUGUAAGCGAGCCGAUAUGAACCAAGCCCUUGUGUUUUUAAAUAAGAUGUUUAAAGUUGGUUUCCAGCCUGACAUUCAUUUAUAUACCACUUUGAUUGCUGCAUUCUGCAGGCAAAAUAUGAUGAAGGAUAGUGAAAAGUUGUUUGAUGAAGUUAUUAAGCUUGGGUUGGCUCCAACAAAGGAAACUUACACAUCCAUGAUAUGUGGCUAUUGUAGGGAGAAAAAGGUUAGCUUAGCAGUCAAGUUUUUCCAGAAGAUGAGUGACCAUGGUUGUGCACCAGAUAGCAUUAGUUAUGGUGCUUUAAUCAGUGGCCUUUGUAAAGAGUCGAGGCUGGAUGAGGCUCGCCAAUUAUAUGAUACCAUGAUAGACAAAGGGCUGUCUCCUUGCGAAGUUACACGGGUGACAUUGACUUAUGAGUAUUGCAAAACAGAAGACUUUGCUUCGGCCAUGGUUAUAUUGGAACGGCUGAACAAGAAGCUUUGGAUACGCACAGUUCAUACGCUAAUAAGGAAGCUUUGUUGCGAGAAAAAAGUCGCCUUGGCAGCUCUGUUCUUUCAUAAGUUACUGGAUAAGGAGGUCAAUGUCGACCGUGUGACUUUGGCUGCAUUCAACACUGCCUGUAUUGAAAGCAAUAAGUAUGCUCUUGUUUCGGACUUAUCCGAGAGGAUUUCAAAAGGUAUCGGCUAACCUUCUAAAUACUGGAAUGAUAAAUGAAUUUAUCGUGUUGAAGAGAAGAGCAAUGGAGGAUAAUGAUCAAAGAUAGAUUUAGUUCUCUUGAUUUGAUUCCAAGCCAGCUGCAUCUCAGGGAUGUCUUCUAAGAUGAUAAAGCUUGGCCUGCACUUCAAGAACAGUGCAGGUAAUUCAAGUUUUGAUUCAUAAUCUCUCUUUCUUUAAGGAAUAUAUAAUCUCUUUUGUUAUUGUUGUUAUUACUAUUUAUCUAUUUAUUGUUUUAUAAGAAGAAAUAUUGAAAUUAUAUGAAGAAUUAUUUGCUGUUACAGCCACACAUUGAACAAUUUUCUGGCUCAGACACUCAUGAAUAUAUUUAAAAAAAAA